CAUCCUGCAGGUAAUACUGAAACGGACAUCUCCCCUGCAGAUGAUGAUGCAUCCUCACAUGUGUCCGACUGCGCAUCGUCAAGUUCCAAGGACACCAUUAUUUUACCUGAUUCAUGUCGCCCUGCUGCAUGGCCAGUGCCAUUUCAAGUACCGCAGUUUUCCCGAGACAUAGAGCUAAUCCUCGCAGAGGCAAACAAAUCAUAUCAUGCCACUGGAAAACACUUCAUGGAUGCCCAUGUUAAAUCAUCAAUAAUGCAUGACCUUUCAAAAGUGAUUUUUUCCUACACAGCCUAUCCAUCAAGUCAGCAGAUUCUCUCAGUGGCUGAAGCUCUGGUUGCCAAGUUUCCAUGUCUUAGGGAGCCGGGAUCGUUUGCAGGUUUAUAUGGCUGGCAACAGCGCAUAAAAUAUAAGAUGCACAAUUACCGUGCCAAGCUAAAAUCUCGAAAAUAUGCUUUCCCGGAAAUCGAAGUCAACACACUGAGGAGGAAGCAUCCAGCUGAUGCAGUCCCAUCAAAAAACGUAAAAAAGCCCAAAAAAGCUGAAGUUAAUUACCUCCCUCCACACCCUAUUGGCGAAAGCCAAGACACACUGGAGGAGGAGAGGCUUGAAUUACUUGAUGAAGUGAAGAAGAAAAACAAUGCAAAGAUAAUCGCAGAUAAAAUGAGUAAAACCUUCUCAAGCCGAAGGGUCGAAGUGGUGACCCUCAGCCCCUCUGUGAAUGUGUUUAAAGAAAGGUGGCCAGCAUUAUUCAGUAAGGCUCAGAUCAAGGAAGAGUUCUGUCGUAUAACAACAGUUUCCUUAGAAGAGAAAUUCAUGAUGAAGCUUGAUGGGUACACACCAGGUCUCUUGCAGCUAAUGCGUGCUAAAGGAGGAGCUGCUGGUUCCAAGAUACGCCCUCUGCUGGACACU